UUUCCGGGCGCGAAGAGAUGACGUCACGUAGCGGCCCGAGCCCUAGGGUGGUUAAGUGCUCUCCGUUUGCCUAGAGUGUUGAGUGAAGACCGCUCCGUCCGCGUUACCAUCGCGAUGACCAUUUGUCAGUACUUCCUCCAAGGCCGGUGCCGCUUUGGAGACCGGUGCUGGAACGAACAUCCCGGCGCCAGGGGUGCGGGCGGGGGACGGCAGCAGCAACCCUCAGGUAGUAACAGACGUGGAUGGAAUACCACCAACCAGAGGUAUUCCAGUGUCAUCCAGCCAUCCAGUUUCUCCAAGUCCUCACCAUGGGGGGGCAGCAGAGAUCAAGAAAAGUCAUCUUUCAGUUCCUUCGAUUCUGGAACUUCAACUGGCAGAAAUUCAGGAUUUGGAUUAUCUCAGAACCCAUUUGCAUCUCUUAGCUCUGAUGAGCAGAAAGGUGAAAAGAAGCUUUUAGAAGGAAUUGUAAGAGAUAUGGAAGUUUGGGAAUCAUCAGGACAGUGGAUGUUUUCGGUUUAUUGUCCAGUGGAAAAGAAACCUAAUAUUUCAGGUUUUACAGACAUUUCACCAGAGGAGUUGAGGCUUGAGUACCAUAACUUCUUAACCAGCAAUAACUUACAGAGUUAUCUGAAUUCUGUCCAACAAUUAAUAGAUCAGUGGAGGAAAAGGAUAAAUGAACUGAAAAGUCUAAAUACAUCAACUAAUAUAUCUUUGCUCUCUGAUGUGAAGGUUGGAGUAAAUCAAGCGGCACCUUCAUUUGGAUUUGGCAGUGGGCAGACAACAACAUUUGGGUCACCAGGUUUUCCAGUGAAUAACAGAAGUGAUAAUGCUCAGAAUUUUAGUUUUAAAACAAGCUCUGGAUUUGGCAGUACCCCUUCUGGAAGCCCUUCUGUGUUUGGGAGUACACCAGCAUUUGGAGCUGUACCCUCUACCAGUUCUGCCAUCACUACUUCUGCUACAACUUUUGGAUUUGGGAAAGCUGAAACCACAUCUGCUGCUUCAUUUUCAUUUAAAAACCCUGCAGCUUCCAGUUUUGGAUCAACUGGAUUUUCAGGAUUUCCACCUCCCAUGGCGUCAGGUCCUGCUGGCGCUCCAGUGGCUCCAGUCUUUGGAAGCAGCAGUUCUACAGCUGGUUUUGGUAGUCCAAACUCACAUUCUCACACUGCUUUUUCCAAGUCACCCAAUGGCGCCUUUGGAAAUAGUGGCAUAUCCACCUCGCUCCCAGGCUCACUUGGCAGUACCACAACAGAUAAUGUAUUAUUCACACCUAAGGAUCAGCUGUCAGCAGAAGAACUAGAACAAUUUCAAUCCAAGAAAUUUACACUAGGAAAAAUUCCAUUAAAGCCACCACCUAUGGAACUUCUAAACAUUUAAAAUGGCAAUUUAAAUACCAAAAAGAACAGCUUUUAAAUUUAUUUUGAGUGAUUCAUAUAAAACAGCAGAUGUAUACAUGUAUACAUAUACACACACAUAUGUGUAUAUAUAUAUUUAUAAAGAAUAUAAGCUUUCAGUAAUCUUAGGGGUUUUGAAAUUUAACUUUUUUCCCCUUGAGCUAAUUUAAGUAAAACACUCAGCAAGAGAUUUUUUUUUUUGCCAUAAUUAUGAAUGGAACUGAAAAAAACUCAAUGUGCACUGAAUAAAUUGCAUUUCUCAUUCUACGUUACUUAACUGGCUUACCCUUUAAACAUUUUUUUUAGAAGGAGAUAAUUUUUAGAACAUUUAGGGGGGAAAUGCUUAAAUACUUAGCCCACUUACCAAAUAAAUCUGAGUAGCAUGAUUUUCCUUCUUGUUAAAGACUCUCUUAAAGAAAGAAAUAAUAGUUUUUGAUAUAGAGGGUGACAAUUUUUAUUUUGGGGACCAAGGAAGCAUUUUUAUGAACUCAUUUUGUUCCCCUGUUGAUUUUGAUAGUCUCAUGGGUAACCACAUGAGUUCUCUUUAACAAUUUUAAGCUAAUACUAUCUUGGCCUAGUUUUCGUAUAAUUUAUUUCUCAUAUUAUCUUAACAAGUAGAUGAAUUUUAAGGAUAGAAAUUGUGAUUUCAUAUGAAUAAAUAUUUAUAUAAAUAAAUAUAUAAUGGGAUCAGAAUCAACUAUUUCUAGAACUUCAGUUAGACUUCUCAGACAUGUUUGGAUGUCAGAUUGAGGGAAAAAGAUCUUGUGUAUUUUAUAUAUGGAUGAUCCAGGAAGCAAAGUCCUGUCAUGGAUUCAGGCAUAUGUGUUAGAGCCAUGCUUCUUUCUCAGGCCUCAAAAAUAACACAGCUAGUACUGCCAGAUCAUCUAGCUAACAUAGUUCUGCUAUUCAGCUGAUUUUUUUUUAAGUGAAAGUAAAACCUUACAUAAAAAUAAUCCAAAUGAUUUCAGUGUAUUUGAAAAGGAUUCAGUUCGAAGUAUUAUAUGUCUUUGAAUUACAAAGUUCUGGAAUCCCAGCAUUUGGGAAUGUGUACUCAAGGAGUAUGCAUUUGAAAACAUUUGGGGUUUAGAGAUGUUCAAUAGACCAUAAAUUUUUGCUUUCUUAAGCUCUAAAAGACUUUCCAAUGUUGAUUCAACUUAUGACUGACUCCUAGAUGUUCCUACCUGUAUGGAAAUAACCCUGGUUACUUGUAGAUUUGUUGCAGGCUUACCAGAUGGUGGCACAUGUUCUUGCUGUCUAUAGGGUAACUGAUAAACACCUAGAUAUAAUGGGAUACAUCAGUAUAACUAUAGCAUAACCACCAAAAGUACAGGUACAGAAUGAUAUGAAUGAUAUAUCAUUUAAAGUACAAAAUGUAAAACACUGUAUCAUAUAGAAACAUAGUAAAAGAAUAACAGCAUGAGAAUAAUAAGCAUUCAGUCUCCCCUUUAUCAAAAAGAAAAAGUCAGGCAAAGCAUUACUGGAAUUACCUAUUAAUUCAGAAGCUACUCAACUCAGGAACAUUUACGUAAUUCAGUAGAGAAAACAUCACUGUGUAAGAAAAAGCUUGCUUCAUUAAAAGUUCCCUGAUGAUAUGGACUCACCAAAUGCAAAUGCAAGAUUAGGAAUUCAGUCCUACAAGACCCCCUUAAGUAGGUUUGGAAGCAGGCUCUGAAGGAUCUGGGAAGUCCCAAAAAAAGUAUCAAAAAUAAUAUGUACACAGGACCUGCGAAGAAUACAUACAAAUGCUACAAAGUAGUUAACAGUCCUGAGGGGCCAUCAGCCUGUGGUAACUUCCAGAGAAAAUGAAUUUUUUUUUAAAGUUUUGAAAGGGAAGUGAAAUCAGUGGGAAGGAGAAAUACCCAAAAUAGCCAGAAGAAAAUCUAGAGAUAAACCUAGCCUGGGAAGAUUACAUUAACUUUAUAAAAGAGUCUGAGAAACCUUAUCUCUUCAAGGAAUCUUUACUAAAUGGGUAAACUUGGGCAGGUUAACUUUUCUAAUCUUACCUGAAGAAUAGGUAAUAUCCACCACCCACUGAUUAUGUGAAUCAAUAAUGUAAUGUAUUUAGCAGAGAAAUUAUACUCAGUAAUUCCAUUAUUGAGCAAAACUGCUUAUUCAAUAUAAAGAGUUCAGAUAAAAAUACAUAAAAUAAAAAUUGUAUUCCACUUCCCCAGAAACAUUGUAUUUAACAUUCUUGUAUAUGGUUCACGUGUUUUUAUUCUUUUUAUACAUUCUAAUAGUUUUCAGUGGUAAUCAUGAUUUUGCACCUUGUCACUUAACAGAGUCUCUUGAACCUUCAAUGUCAGCACAUAGAUUAACUGUUUUUUAAAGGUCAUAUGGUAGCCAUUGUUUAUUAAUUCAUUUAACCAUGUCCCUGGUUGUGGGCCAACAACCCUUCAGCAAGACAUCCUGGAGCAUACAUGUAUAUUGUAGAAUGUCUUACUGAAGACCUUUGCGUAUAUAUACAUAUAUAUGUAAAUAUAUCUUUACACCAUUGUUGAAUUUUUGUAAGAAGUAAGAAACACUGAGUUGAAGUAAGAAGUGUUUUGAUUUUACUAAAUUGCUCUUUGAAAUGUCAGUUUAUGCCCUCUUGUAAAAACAGGAGACACCAUUUAUGUGUCAAAGGAGAGUAGAUAAUGAUUUGGUUGUAAUUGAAUAUAUACAGUGGAUAAUGAUUUUGUUGUAGGCAACAUGAGGACAGGGGGCUUGAUCAGCAAUGGUCAUUAAGCUCCUACCAGGGAGUCCCCUGGAGUAGAACCACAUGGAAGUUUUGGAUCUUGUGCAUUUUCCUCCCCUCAAAAUAGCUGGAGAAAAAGGAUUCCCAACUGCUCCAAUAUGUUACUACUCUGCAGACCAGAAAUUAUGUUUACCAGUAUUGAAUGUCCAAAUCCACCAUUGACCAUAAGGAUGGAUCUCAUCAAAGCAGAAAGAAAACAAAAAACAUUGGCAGAAAGUCGAACCUUAGGCAGCUCACUAAUGAGGAUGGAGUGGAGAAAGAUGGAGCUAAGAAACAGCUCCAGCUUUCUAACUGACCAAGCAGUUUCUAACAUACCAAACCUGAAUCUGUCAUCUUGAAGAUAUGGAACUGCAACACCUCUGCAUCCCCCUCCUCUCAGCUCCGGCAUAGCCAACCUAAGCCCUGGGAGGCCAUCUCCUGUGACCAGCACAUCUGCGGAGCCCAGAGUGCCCUGCACUUGUUCCCACCUGCCGCAGACAGGACAGCAGAUGAAGUUCUCUGCCAUUAACGAAGACCCAGAGUCUAAAUGAAUAUGCAGUGGGGGAAGCUGGGGAGAGUGCCAUCAAAGCAGCUCUGCCUUUCACUCCUGCAGCCCAAGCUUUUAUUAAAGAUAUGAACAAAGGAACAAGAAAAUAGCACAUAAUUGUGUUUUUGC